CAAGCUCUGUUCGACCUGUAUACUGGCCUCUCAUUUUAAUUUUUAUUUGAUGCAGUUGAAUGAUAUUCUACGUGUGUUGGUGGAUCUUAGAGUACUCUGUGUUUGGAGGAACACUUGUGUGUCAAGCACUGGUUUAAGGAAUCGCCGUGUGAUGGAUAUUACUGAUUCUUUGCUACACCGGAGGAGCGAUAGUGUGUUGGCUGCAGGAGGGAGCUGGCAAGCUCUCUGAUCCAGAACUUCAGCUCUACGACCCUUAUCCAUCACACUUAUUCAGCAAUGUGUGCUUGUUGAACAUACCAGCUGUGUAUGCCAACUUUGUGCGUCAGCUGUGGGGUACGAUCUUUGAGUACUGUGUUGGUACCGUUUGUAUGUUGUUUGAGAAGGUAAAGUGGGCAUUUGUUUGAGCUUUUCGUCCUGAAUAUCGAUGGAUAAAAUGAGGAAUAUUGUGGAGGAAGAAGGGAGAAAAGGAGUUUGUAAUGCUGAAGACCAGCUCCAACCAUCUCUCCCUCACCCUCAUGGCAACGACGAUGUUGGGGAUAGUGAUCAUCAACACUCACUCCCUCACCCUCAUGGUAGCGAUAGUGUUGGUGAUAAUGGCGAUGAGCACCAACCACCAACACUCCCUCACCUCUAUAAAGAUGAUGAAGAAUUCUAUGACGCUGCUGAUACGUUUACGAACACUGAGACAGAAAGUAGCUAUGGUGGCGCUGGCACGAGUGAAACUGAUGGACAGAACAAUAGCAUAAACUCCACCGGAAACAAUAACAGCAACUACAACAUCAACAAUAGUCUUGAAAGUAAUACACGGCCUGAGGCACAGAUGGGAGACGGAGAUUCUCUGGUCUCAUCUACUUCUUCAUCCUCUUUCUCUCCAUCUUUACGUUAUGUGUCCAGCUUUUCCUACCCAGCAGCUUUCGCGUCCACCUCCUGCCCCUUGUCGUCAAAGAGGUCAUCGUCUUGCUUCUUCCCACCGUCAUUAACUACAAUACGGGAAGGAGAGUCAUGUGAUGUGUGUAUUACGGAGCGGACCCACGAAGUUCCUGUUUCCCAGGACAGGACAAGCGUGGCACUCAGACGUAAUGUGUUUCAUUGCACUCGUCUCUUGACCACAAGCCAAUGUUGGCUCUUCAGUUCCAAGUUCGAUCCAUUUCAAGUUUUUGAAGUUGAACACGAGGCGUGUUUGGACUUAGAAAUUAAGAUUGACCGAGGAGAGUCCAUCACUAAGGGCAGCACACUACAGGACUUGAUGGACACUCCUGAUCCAUAUGUGAUACUAAGAAUACCUGGUAGUUCCAACCCCUCCAAAAGAACCAGCCAUGUGGACAACUGUACCAAUCCUCUCUGGAAUGAAACUUUUCACUUUUACCUGGAUCCUUCAAAAGAAUAUACCUUAAAAGCGAUAUUAAUGGAUGCCAACUACACAAUGGAUGAAACUCUAGGGGAGGACACCUUUUGUGUCAAUGAACUACCUAAUGACAUUCCUAUGCCUUACACAUUUAUCUUCCCUGGUGGCUCCAAGGUUCAUGCAGUUCUUACGCUACAGAAAAACAAAGUACCCGAUCUACGUUUCUCUUUGGCAUUGUGUAAUGAAGAGAAAGAAUUUCUCCAAACCCGUCGGCAGAAGGUGCUAGUUGCAAUGAAGAAGUUACUGGGAGAUAAAGCACCAGACACUGAACAACAGGUUCCUAUUAUUGGAGUACUAGGGUCGGGUGGUGGGUUCCGUGCUAUGACGUGUCUCAGCGGUGCAGUGAAGGCUUUGCAAGAGUCUGGCAUUCUUGACUGUGCCACAUACAUCACUGGGCUCUCAGGCUCUUCAUGGUACAUUUCGACACUGUAUUCGCAUGAUUUAUUCCCCAAUGUAACACAUGCUCAAAUACAAAAGGAACUUCGAGACUCUGUCACAAUGGACUGGAAGUGGAAACUCCUCAAUGCACCAAAGUACGUGGCCAGUAUGGUUGCCAAAUACAAACAAGGACAGCCGGUGUCAUUCACCGAUUUCUUUGGUCAUCUUCUUGGAGAUGUUCUUCUCAAAGGGCAAAAACACAAAAAACUGACCGAAUCACAGCGGAUACUUGUCCAAGGAGUCGUACCCAUGCCUCUUUACACAUGUCUUCAUGCCAAGAAGAAAGUAUCAUGUCGCUCUUUCUCAGAGUGGGUUGAAUUCUCUCCAUUUGAGAUAGGCAUUGCAAAGUAUGGUACAUUUAUGAAGACACAGGAUUUUGGAUGCAAAUUCAUUGUUGGGAAAAAAAUAAAACAUUUUGAUGAAUUUCCUCUCCAUUUCCUGCAAGGUGUAUGGGGCAGUGCCUUCACAGUACUAAUCAAGACACUGGUAAUGGAGGGAGGGAAGAAGGACAUUGUACAGAUCAUGAGAGAUGCUCAAAAGGAUGAACUGGAAAAUCAAAGAAAUGAUACACACAGUUCAGGGGAGAGUUCAGACUCUGAAGAUGAAGAAGAUAUUCAAGGUAAGGAUGAUAAGGAAUCUGAAGAGGAAUCUGAUGAACAUAGAAGUACACUGAAGCAACAAUUUAAGUUACAGCCUUUGGAAAAUGGCUUAUCAGAAUUUUCAAAGUCUGUGGACCAGAAAACCAACCAAAACAAAAUAAUGCAGACAUCCAAAUCAUUUGAUUCUCUAUCUCUAAAUGACUCUGAAGAGAGAAGAAAACUUUCUGGAAAGACUGAAGAAGAUUUAAAGCAAAAAAACAGAAAAUUUAGUUUUGAUGUGACCAGGAGAAAAAUUUCUAAAGAGGAAAGAAAGACCAGCAGUGCGAGUGACCCGGGGGGUAAUACAGAACUCCAGACAGCUCGGGCCUCGAGAUUAACUCGCAAAGGGGCCAUUAAAGGAUCACGCAUAAAGAAAGACGACGCAGUCGAACAAAACGUCUGGUCUGAAAGAAGAAAAACACUUCGAAGGUCAAGAAUAGAAAAGAAAGCAGGUUUAUGGGAUGCACUGAAACAGAACAUCAUGACGGGGACCAAUAUACUCAACUCCCGAGCAGGGAGAGCUGGCGAAGUGCUGAAUCCCUUCCGUGGACUUUCCUUGAGGCAUUCAUUUCCUAUAUCACCUUUUGCUGUUGAUGUUAUGGGUGAAGAUGAGGAUCAGGAGGACAAAGUGGAUUCUGAGAUGGAUAUCGGAAUCAGCAGCAGAUACAGACCUUUAGACAACACAGCAAAGAAGUUGUUUAUAGUCGACUCCGGCUUGGCUUUCAACUCUCCGUACCCUCUCCUCCUGCGGCCACAACGAGCUGUGGAUAUCUACCUUUCAUUUGACUUCUCUCAGAGAACUUCAGACAAAACACAGCCUUUCAAAGAGCUUCUUUUUGCUGAAAAGUGGGCAAUUCAAAACAAAGUUCCAUUCCCUCCAAUAGAAAACCAGGUUGCUCAGUAUGAAAAUGAAGAAGUACGUGAGUGUUACGUUUUCAGGCAUCCAACCGACCAGUUUUGUCCGGUCAUAUUGCAUUUCCCUCUAGUCAACAACAAGUUUAAGAAUUUUAAAGCACCAGGAGUUCCACGGGAAACUGAAGAGGAAAUUAAAUUUGCUGACUUUCCCAUUUUUGAUGAUCCAAAUAAUUCAUUUUCUUCUAUGAACUUUGUGUACGAACCAAAGCAAUUUGAUCGUCUGACAAAGCUAGUGGAGUUUAACACCCUGUUGUGCAUCGACACUGUGAAGAAGGAAAUUGAAGAUGUUAUCUCCAGGAAAAAACAGUAUUACCCAAGAAAGAUCACUUUAGAUGCUGUGGUCAAGACAGUGAAACGUGUGUCAAGCUUUUGUGGCAUUGUAGGCAGUUCAGAUCUCAAAUUGAAAGUUUCCAAAAAAAAUGAAAACCAGUUGAAAACUUUUGCACGGAAAUCACUCAUACAGGACCGCCAGAUUAGUAGAGACAGCUCUGAGAGUGACUACACAGAUGCUUUAGAGGAGCUCUCAGAUGAAUCCAUUAAUUUGUGAACCUAGGUACAGGGGAACCUCGGCUUACGAAUUUAAUCCGUUCCGUGACCUCGUUUGCAUCCCGAUUUGUUCAUAUGCUGAGUCAAUUUUCCUCAUUUAAAUUAAUUGAAAUGGCAUUAAUGCAUUCCAGCGGACUCCCUGCUCUUAGGAGGCAUGACAAAAUACUUCAUUAUGAUGCUAAUAUCAACUCUACGGCUUAUUUAUAUAUCACAAUUCACCUAAUUUCACCAUCACUCAAGGAAUGCACAACAGGUGCAUCAUUGUCAGUGUUCAGCAUUUCUUCGAUGUCAGCUUCCUGUAACUCCAUUAUCACACAGUCAAGAUGAGUAAAUAGAAUUGUCAACGCUUAUUGCUUGGGUACGCUUAUUCUGUUAGUGGGUUGGAUCUGUGAAAGACCUGCCUAAUAUGGGCCAACAGGCCUAAUACAGUGUUCCUCCUUUCUAAUGUUAUUAUGUACCCACAACACCAAUCAUACCCAUCCCCUCCCACUCAUAUAUUUGUCCAAUCUCUUUUUAAUGCUACCCAAGGUUCUAUCGAAGCUAAAACCUUGGGUAGUUUCAAAUUUAGGUUGGAUAAAUACAUGAGUGAGAGGGGUUGGAUUUGAGUGGGACUUGCACGUGAGUAAAUAGGAUUAUUAAAGCUUAUUGCUUGGGUAGCGUUUAUUCUGUUAGUGGGCUGGAUUUGUGAAGAACCUGCCAAGUAUGGGCCAACAGGCCUGCUGCAGUGUUCCUCCUUUCUUAUGUUCUUAUGUUGAUGAGUGGAACAAUCUGCCUAGUUUGGUUAUUGAGGCUAAAACCUUGGGUAGUUUCAAAUUUGUGUUGGAUAAAUACAUGAGUGGGAGGGGUUGGAUGUGAGUGGGACCUGCACAUGAGUAAAUAAAAUUAUCGAAGCUUAUUGCUUGGGCAGCAUUGAAAAUUGAGUUGGGCAAAUGUUCUGUUAGUGGGAUGGAUUGUGAAGGACCUGCCUAGUAUGGGCCAACAGGCCUGCUGCAGUGUAUUAUUAUUAUUAGUAUGGUUGUAUUAAAGUAAUAAUAAUAAUAAUUAUUAUUAUUAUUAUUAAUUUAGGAAGGUGAAGCACAGAUCCAAUUCCCUUGAUCAAGAGCCCCUCACCAAAGAACCUCCCUUGAGGGGGACGUUCACAUCCUGAAAUUUUGUUCGUAUCCAGAAGCAAAAAUCGAUCGAGUGACUGUUCAUAUCGUGAAAAAUUCGUAUGGUGGGGCAUUCAUAAGCCGAGGUUCCACUGUAUAUGGGUGGCUAUGAACUAUUGUCAUUACAUAUCAUCUCUCCUGAAAUAGCAGCUUACUGCAUGAGCUUCAUGUAAACUUACAUUUAACAAUACAAUAUUGUAUUUAAUGUAUUCCAUUUAAGUUUUAAAGAUAUUAUAACUGGCAAAUAUUUUGGUAAAAAUAUGGAUCAAGUAUUUUUGUAGAUAAAAAUCCCUUUAGCUUGAUAACAAAAUUCCGAAGGUAAUAUACACUGGGCUUUUGAAUGUGACUAUUCGGUAUUUAGAAUUACAAUCCUUAAUUUGUAUACCUCAGUUUUAUACAUCAAAAUUAUAUUCAACAGAGGAAUUUAUUUUGUUUGAUGUUUAUUAUAUCAGUAUGUUGCAAAGAGAAAUUGUGUGCCAGUUAAGACCUGUGGAGUAUUGUGACUUCCUUUAAUUAGGAAUACUACAUUUCAUUAGUUGUUAAUUGUUCAUCUUGGCAUAUUGAAAAUGUACAUGAAAUAAGCUGUGCUCUCUUCUACAUUUCAUUGUCAUUAAUAACUGUUCAUGAUAGGUGUAUACUGUCCUAAACUUCAUUUUCAUUAAAAACUGUUCAUGACAAAUGUAUCCUGUAGACAUAUUAUUUAUUUAUAUUAUAACUGUUAGUACAAAUGAUAUUGUACAGUCAGUACAUUAAACAUUUAUACAGAGAAAA